AUGGUCCUCCCCCACUGUCUCACCCACAGUCCUCCCCCACUGUCUCCCUCACGGUCCUCCCCUACUGUCUCCCCCACGGUCCUCCCCUACUGUCUCAACCCACGGUCCUCCCCUACUGUCUCCCCCACGGUCCCCCCUACUGUCUCACCUACGGUCCUCCCCCACUGUCUCCCUCACGGUCCUCCCCUACUGUCUCACCCAUGGUCCUCCCCUACUGUCUCACCCAUGGUCCUCCCCCACGGUCCUCCCCUACUGUCUCAACCCACGGUCCUCCCCCACUGUCUCCCCCACAGUCCUCCCCUACUGUCUCCCCCACGGUCCUCCCCUACUUUGUCCCCCACGGUCCUCCCAUACUGUCUCCCCCACUGUCUCCCCCAUGGUUCUCCCCCACAGUCCUCCCCCACGGUCCUCCCCCACAGUCCUCCCCCACUGCCUCCCCCACGGUCCUCCCCUACUGUGUCCCCCACGGUCCUCCCCUACUGUCUCCCCCACGGUCCUCCCAUACUGUCUCCCCCACUGUCUCCCCCAUGGUUCUCCCCCACAGUCCUCCCCCACGGUCCUCCCCCACAGUCCUCCCCCACUGCCUCCCCCACGGUCCUCCCCUACUGUGUCCCCCACGGUCCUCCCCCACUGUCUCCCCCACUGUCUCACCUACGGUUCUCCACCACUGUCUCCCCCACUGUAUCCCCCACGAUCCUCCCCCACUGUCUCCCCCACGGUCCUCCCCGACUGUAUAUACUGUAUGUACAGUAG